UGUGUACAGCAGAUGGCCAGUUCAUCCUAGCGAUCACCAGGAACCUGACCCGUCCUGCCCUCAACGUGUCAUCUCUGUACGUGAAAGAUGGGCGAGAAGCUGAGUGCAGGCCUAAGCUCAUCACAGAUGAACUUGUAGCCUUCCGCUUCCCAAUUACCUCUUGUGGCUCGACCCAGCGGGAGGAGACUGGAAGCUUUGGGGAAGAGGAUGAUUCAGACGGGGCCACGGGGCUUAAUAACCAGGGACAGCACCUUCAGAUGGCAACUGCAGGCCGUGGUACAUGGAGUGACUACCCCAUUGAGAGGAUCCUUCGGGAGUCGUUGAGGUUUGUUGAGGUUAGUGUGAAGGAUCGCACUGACCCAAUGAUUGUCCUGAGAUUGCGUGACUGCUGGGCUACUCCUGUGCCAGCCCCUGACCAUGAGGUGCAGUGGAGUCUCCUGGUGGAUGGGUGCCCCUAUGAGGGUGAUGACUACCUGACCAUCCUACACCCAGUAGAUGCCUCUUCUGGCCUGCAGUUCCCAACCCAUCACAAGCGGUUUGAAAUGAAGACCUUUGUUUUCUUGGAUGGAGUGUCUGAGCAGCCCCUCUCUGGACAGGUUUACCUGCACUGCAGUGCUGAGGUUUGCUCUCCCUCUGCUCAGGAUGACUGUAUAACCAGAUGUGGUCCAAGGUCACGCAGGAGUGCUCCCCUCCAUGAGGGG